AUGACUCGCAUUGUUGGUGGACAAGAAGCAACGCCGCAUUCAUUACCUUGGCAAGUAACAUUACUUAUUAGAAGAACUUACUUUAAUGGCAAAGUAAGUGAACAUGCUUACUGCGGUGGUUCAUUAAUUUCACGCGAAUGGAUCGCAACAGCAGCACAUUGUGCUAAGGAUAAGUAUCCAGCUGAAGAUAUGCGUAUCUGGUUAGGCAGUCAUGAUCUGACAAAGCAGGAAUCAUCGCGUGUUAAGCGUAGUGUAAUCAAGAAAAUACAAAACCCUCAUUAUAACGCUCCAACUACUGAUUACGAUAUCGCGCUAUUACAAUUAGAUAAAGCUGUUGAAUUUAAUGAAUAUGUUAGGCCAAUAUGCCUUCCAGAAGCACAAAAACGAGCUAUAGAAGGCUCUCAAUCACUUAUAUCAGGUUGGGGAACGCUUUCCUUCCGUGGAAACACAUCACCAACAUUGCAAGUUGCUGUCGUGCCGAUCGUUAGCCGUGAAACUUGCAACAGUUUGAGAAGCUAUCAUGGCCAAAUUACAACCAGAAUGUUAUGUGCUGGCUAUACAGAAGGUGGUGUAGAUACUUGCCAAGGAGAUAGUGGUGGACCGUUGGCUACUCAAGUUAAAAACAGUGACAAAUUUGAGUUAACCGGAGUCGUCAGUUGGGGUGCAGGCUGCGCUAGACAGUACAAGUAUGGUGUCUAUACAGAUGUAUCAUACUUCCGUGAUUGGAUUGAUAAAAUGGUCAAUCAAUAUUCUCGUCUGUAA